AUGGCGAUGCAUAGGUCCAGCAUACGAGCUGCAUUAAACCCGGAUAAAGUGGUUAGUAAUAAGAAACAGGAUAUCACCCAGCAACCUGUGGCAAAACACUGGGCCGAGGCCAAGCACAGUCCGGCAUCAUUUAGAUGCAUGCCGAUAGAGCAAGUGCCUAAGAGAAUUAUACUCAAUCCAAACUCCAAAGUGGUGAACCUGGUGGAGAGUCUGAGGGAGAAGUGUCAGUGUGGGCCCGAGGUUUCCCUAGAUCUCCUGGAUGAAUCUGGAAACUUAGUAAAUCUCAGUGACCUGGAGGGAUCCCAGGAUAUUGCUACCAAUUACCUGAGAGAACGGCAGUGCUAUGUGCUGGUUAAUACUAUUCGUGGAGAUGGAUCAGAACCCGUCCGCUAUGAGUCCAUGUUAGAGAAUCUGUGGAAACGUCAUCCAGAGCUAGCAGAGCGCCUUCAGAAACUAUCCCGUCCUAACAUGCGUGGCCGCAACUCUGUUUUCAAAAAGUCUCGUCCCGCCAAGGAAACCAUCCCAUCUACAUCCACCAAGAGUCGAACAGUGUCUCAACAAAAGAGUCGAUUAUCCUGAGGGAUCAAACAGAGAGUCCACAGAGAAUCCAUUCUGUUCUUUAUGUGAAUCAGUGAAACCUCCACAGAGCAGAGUGCUCAAGAAUAUCAGGGAUAGAAACAUUACAGAUUACAGGCUAUACCUUCCUGUCAGGUGUAUUCUAACAUUGUAUAUGGAAUAAAUUGGACACACUUAUUUGUUAUCCACCACAGAGGACUGGGCCUAUUGUGUUCUUGUUGUUCACAUAACUUGGAGUCCUGUUAGAACACUGUGAACCUAUAGCAUCACGAGAUGAGAAUCACUUCAAAACACUGAAAGCAUUAUUUUUGUGAGGUGAGGUCCAUAAUAAAGGCCUCACCUUUUAUUAUUUGAAAGA